AUGAAGUCUCUUGCUUUUGUGGCCCUCGCGCCCUUGAUUCUUGCCAGUCCCCUUGGACAAACCGCUCAAGAAAUCCAAGUCACUCUGCACUUCAGCAAAGAAACCUCCCAAUCUUCGAUCACGGCAUGGACCAAGGACCGCAGUGCCAUUGUUGGCCAUUCUUGCUCAUCAACUCUUGCGUCGGGCGCUUUUGAGGCUCACCCGAUUACCUUCGAGGUCAACGAAAACGGUGUAGGCGACGUUGUCCUCGGUGGCCAGAGCUCCAAGGUUCAAGAUAACCCAGAAGGCUCGGCCGAGGUCACUUGCGGCCGUAUGCACAGUCCAUAUGAGACUGUCGUCAACUGCGAUAUCACUAUCCCAGGAACCUUGGAGCUAGCUGCUAUCAGCAGACGAGACGUUCCCGAGUGCUUUACUACCCCGACGACCUCUCUUAGUGAGGUUCUCGACGGCUUCCACCAAGCCCCCGCCGUUAUCCCGACGGAACAGCCCAUCGAGAUGGCGGCUGUGAACGCAACCGACAAUGAGCUCGAAGAGCGACAAAUCUGCGGCGUGCACAGCUCGUUCAGUGUUCGGGUCGGCGAUGGCAACCCACACCAGAACCCCAUGAACGUCCAAUUGAGUGAAAACAUGGACUGUUCCAGAGAUGGCUGCAUCAUCUCCAGGAGCGAGAGCCGCUCCUUGAGUGUAAGCUGGAGUGCGUCCGGAACGGCUUGGUCGUGGUUGAACGCCGGGUUCGCUGUGGAGGCUUCCAUUGAGACAGGCAACGACUACCAAUGCCCUGGAAACGCCGGUGAUUUCUUCUGCUUGUGGAAGAACCAGGCUCAGACUGCCUACACCGUCAGGAACAGGCAGGUUACCUGUGCCGGAGCCCGGGACGUUGGUGAUAACUUUGUUAUGUGGUCACCCAACAGCCAGAACCGCGGCGGUUACUACUAUUGUGUCUACGGCCGAAACUACUGCCGCGCUCUGGGUGAUCGCUGGCUUGAUACGAAUGGCCGCGCUGGUGGUCCUUAA